AUGAAGGGACUCAUUCUCGUUGGUGGCUACGGCACUCGUCUGCGCCCUCUCACCCUCACCCUCCCCAAGCCCCUUGUUGAGUUCGGCAACAAGCCCAUGAUUCUUCACCAGGUCGAGGCCCUCGCCGCCGCCGGCGUCACCGACAUCGUCCUCGCCGUCAACUACCGCCCCGAGAUUAUGGUCGCCGCCCUCAAGAAGUACGAAGAGCUCUACAACAUCUCCAUCACCUUCUCCGUCGAGACCGAGCCCCUCGGCACCGCCGGCCCUCUCCGUCUCGCCGCCGAGGUCCUCCAGAAGGACGACUCCCCCUUCUUCGUCCUCAACUCCGACAUCAUCUGCGACUACCCCUUCCAGCAGCUCGCCGAGUUCCACCGCUCCCACGGCGGUGAGGCCACCAUCGUCGCUACCAAGGUCGAGGAGCCCUCCAAGUACGGUGUCAUCGUCCACAAGCCCAACACCAUCGGCCAGAUCGACCGCUUCGUCGAGAAGCCCGUCGAGUUCGUCGGCAACCGCAUCAACGCCGGUAUCUACAUCCUCAACCCCUCCGUCGUCGACCGCAUCGAGCUCCGUCCUACUUCCAUCGAGAAGGAGACCUUCCCUAGUCUCUCCAAGGACGGCUCCUUGUACUCCUUCGAUCUCGAGGGCUACUGGAUGGACGUCGGCCAGCCCAAGGACUUCUUGUCCGGCACCUGCCUCUACCUCUCCUCCCUCUCCAAGAAGACCCCCGAGCUUCUUGCCUCCACCACCGAGGACUACGUCCACGGCGGCAACGUCUUGAUCGACCCCUCCGCCAAGAUUGGCAAGAACUGCCGCAUCGGACCCAACGUCACCAUUGGCCCCAACGUCACCAUCGGCGACGGUGUCCGUCUCCAGCGCUGCGUCAUCCUCCAGGGCUCUACCGUCAAGGACCACGCCUGGAUCAAGUCCUCGAUCGUCGGCUGGAACUCCACCGUCGGCCGCUGGGCUCGCGUUGAGGGUGUCACCGUCCUCGGCGAGGACGUCACCGUCUCCGACGAGGUCUACGUCAACGGUGGCUCCGUCCUCCCCCACAAGACCAUCUCGUCGAACGUCGAGCACCCCGCCAUUAUCAUGUAA